UUGGGCACACUCUGAUAAUCUGAUUAGGAGAUUUUCCUGAGCAACACUUCUUAAUGCUGUAGUGACCAUGGCUGUCCUUAAAGUAAAAUUCACCAAAACAAAGAGAGACAAGUUGGCUCAGAUCUUGUGGAUCCUGAACUGGAUUUCUGUGGUGUCUGGUGCAAUUCUCUUCAGCCUAGGACUCUUCCUCAAAAUAGAAAUCAGGAAGCGCAGUGAGGUGAUGGCCAAAGGAGACGUCAACUCUGUCCCCAAUAUGCUAAUCUCUGUAGGGGUCAUAGCCUGUAUCAUCAACUUUCUUGGAGGCAAAAUCUGCUAUGACUGCACAGACAUGAAUAAGUUUAACCGAUGGAAGUUGGUUAUGCUCCCCUACAUUGUGUGCACAUUCUGUUUCACCUUUUGCAUCUUGGUGGGUGCUAUAAUGUGUUACACCAUGAGAAAUGAGCUGGAGGAAUCUCUAUACCUGGGACUCAGAGAUGCUAUCAAGUUCUACAAGGAUACAGAUAUCCCUGGGAGGUGCUUCUUAAAGAAAACUAUAGAUGCAUUACAGAUUAGAUUCCAGUGCUGUGGAAACAAUGGCUUCAGGGACUGGUUUGAAAUUCAGUGGGUCUCAAUUCGCUAUCUGGAUAUGGCUUCAAAGGAGGUUCUAGACCGCCUGAAGAGUAACGUUGAUGGGAAGUUCUUGGUGGAUGGUGUCCCCUUCAGUUGCUGCAAUCCAAACUCCCCAAGACCCUGUAUCCAGUAUCAGCUCACAAACAAUACAGCUCACUACAACUAUGACUUUCUGACAGAAGAACUUAAUAUUUGGAUGAAAGGAUGCAGGGAAGCCCUACUGGAUUAUUAUACAGACAUCAUGAGAUCCAUUGGCAUCACUGUACUCAUCAUCUGGUGCUUUGAGCUGUCUGUGCUUACUGGGGUCCGUUACCUUCAAACAGCAAUGAGGAACGUCCUUCUCUUGGGUGAUCCACAGUGUGACUCAGAUGGCUGGCUACUUGAGAACAGCUUUGUAGAAACUGCCAAAUACAACAUCAACAUCAUUAAAAAUCUUGGGAAAGCUAACCAGAUAUCUUCAGUUUCAGGAAUGAAUGACCCUAACAUGGAUGUUCAAACUGUAAACUGUGGUCAAGAGACUGUUCCCACAAAAUGCAUUCCCACAGCUUAAUUGGAUGCAGCACAGGAGACUAAUACAGUCUGACACUACAAUCACGACUGUGCAUUUUGCUGAUUUUUUCUUUUCACAUGUGAGUUUAAAAUCAUAAUCCCGAGGGCAAAAAUCAGUAAAUUACUUCCUGGUAAUAUGAGGCAAACAUGAAGACUUCUUGCACAAGGCAAAAUUUCAAUCUACUAUCCAUGUUUUCGGACUGUACUGUUACCUAGACUUACACUGCUCUGUUCUCAUAUACAUGCAUGAAUUCACAGCAUAAGUUGUUACUGUAAAUUGAUUUGAUGAUGUGAACACCACGAGAAUGAAUGAACUGCUACAAGAGUAAGAUGGUAUUAUGAAACAUUAUCAUUCAGUCUGAUUGUAUGUCAAGGAUAUUCACCCUUUUAUGAUGUAACCAUAUUUGCCUAGAGCAGAGCUCUAUAAAAUUAUAAAUUAUGCUGUUAUCCGCCCACCACCAAAAAGGUUCUUGUUAUCAUCAUCUCUUGAUUUGACAGAAUUACCUCUACCACACAAACUGUUGUACAACUAUUGAUAUUAACAUAAUAUACAGUAUUACCAAUUCAUGACAAGUUUCUCAGGAAAGGAAAACCUGUUCAGGUUAUUAAAUUUUUUAAUACGAACAAAAAACUUCCUUAUUAAGGUGCUAAAAUAAUUAGCAAUCUAUAUUACAGUGCUUCAAAAGAAUUAUACCAACUAAAAAACUGAUCCGUUGUUGACAGUAAUAGGAAACUGGUGAAUAGUUAAUAUUUAAAACGAUAUAUUUCUGUCUAUUGCAACUGUUCAGUGUCAUAGUGAAAGACGAAUGAUCAGAGCAUGGUAGUGAGAGACUACAAAAGGAAAUACGACCUUACAAAAUAGGACUGAAAAUACACUGAAUUACAUAUGCACUGUGGAAAACAACUAGCAGAUAGUAACUUAUCAGAGUAUAAGGCUUUCA